AUGGAACAAGUCGUAAAAAGGGGUAGAACAAAGUUUUCGUGCACAAACUGCCGCGUGAGGAAGAAAAAAUGCAACCGUAGAUAUCCCUGUUCUUCUUGUAUAAAGCUGGGAACCGAAGCCACUUGUAUGUUCAAUGGCAAAAACACCUCGAUAUACUUGGCCACUUUGCCUCCCGGUGAAGUUUGUUCUGUGAGUGACGAAAAUUUGAAUGAGAAUUUUACCGGAAAGUUGACUGGAAACCUUACUGGUAUGGAACGAUUUCAACCAGAACUGGGUUUUGAACAGACAACAAGCCUAUCCCGAGCUUAUGGGGGUUAUCCCAAUACACUGAGAACUGAAGACUUCCAUUUCAACCUAGCAAAUGCCCUUCAUUCUGGUCCUGAUGACUAUGAAAUAAAACACGGAAACCAGUUUCGACAUGGCAUUUUGGUCUACUUGAUGAUGGCGAGAGCGGACCCUAUCACUGGGCUAAUGCAGAAUCACAUAUUAACCCAAAAAAAAGUGGUUUGGGACGAAAUUCCCAUGAGAAGUAGUAUGAUACCAAAAGCUCAGAUUGAAGAAUUGGAGCAGAAGGCCAGUAAUUACUUUAAAGAUUCUUAUAUUCAGCGACUAGGGCAUGAUUUCUCUCAUGACGACCUACUUGUGGCUCGUCAGAGAAUAUCUAUUUAUGGAGCUUCUGCGGGAAUAAUUUACAGUGCCCGUCCAGACUGGGUGAGCAGUUCAUUGCUACAGAUAAUUGAGUCUGAAAUUCCUGAUAAAAAUACCAUUUUGAGUUGCCUUGAUGUGUUCUUCUCAGACUGCAGCUUGGGCUCAUUUUUGGUUUUUGAAGACAGGUUUAGAGAGAAUAUUGAAAAAUUGAUUGAUGAAAAUGUUCUCACCACGAACGAAAACGGCUCGAAACUUUGUGUGAAUCUGAAAAAAAGACAUUGCAACCAUCACUACAUUGGUGGUUGUUUUGCGCCAUGUCUAUUUGCACCUUUUGAACUUGGGCGAAAACCAAAUACUUGCUUCAAAAUGCCGGAUUUCCAUCGACGCUAUCCAUGCUCUGGAAAGCCUAUUGCAGUGUCUUGA